UCACAAUAACCAUCUCUGCCCUCACAGGUACCCAUUUACUCCUGGGUGGAGAGAAGCAAUGAGUGACAAAGUGCCUUUCUCAAGGGCCCACGCACAAUGACCCAGGCUGGACUCGAACCCACACCCCGCAGCUUUUAUACCCACAGUCCACGAAUCCAGUGCCCUUGGCCACAGCACUCCACAAUGAUUAUGAAUGCAAAAGUCAGUUACUUUAGAGAUAUAUUUGGCAUAGGUUUUUUUUAAAUGCAAAACAAAGAAUCUAAGAGUGUCGUUGCAAUCCCGAGAUGCACAGAGACCAGAAUUUGCCUACCAGGUCAUGAGAAGUUGAAAUAACCCUGGCUCUGGAAAAUUAAGAAGUUGGUGUAGUGUGAAAAUGAGACAUUAAAAUCAGAAUUUUUUUUUUUUUUUUUUUUUAAAAUAACAUUACAAUUGUUCAAAUACGGAGGGCAUGAUAUGAACUUUCAGAUGCCUAGAAGAAUAAGUAGCAGGUUUGUGGAAUUUUUUUGAUACAUUUCCUAUUAUUUGAAUUAUCAAAUGUAUAUUUUCAUUAUUUUUUUUAUUUUAAUUUUUGAAAAAAAAACAAGCAUGGUGGGGGUGCAACCACAAUAAAACAACCACUCUUAACCUCGUUCCCAUGGUCUAACCUUAAUACAAUAGUAAAGACAGAGCAGCCAGACUGAGCUAGUGGGAGCGUACUGCUCCGUGUCAUGGGGACGAGGUCAGACUUGCCGAACUCUUUCAAGUGACGUCACUGGAAAGCUCGCUUGGGGAACGGUGAUAUCCUUAGUGACGCAUGUUUCGUGCCAUUGUUGUCAGUAGUGCAGGUAUUUAAAUUGUUGUUGAAGAAAUUGCUAGUUUUUUUAGUUUAUCUGCUAGUUUGUUAUCAGUGGAGAAUCUUUUAUAUGGACUGUGAUAAUGUAUAAGAAUGUUAACUCAGUUAAAUGCAUCAUAAACACGAUGCUGCUUGAGGCUUGUAAAUUCGAAUCUAGCCAAGAAAGACUUGGUCAAUAUGGAAAACAACUGGAAUUAAUUUAACUUUAAAAUGUUUAAGUUCAGUUGGGUUCUGUAUGCAUUAAAUCAUGCUUAUACCCAUCAUAUAUGAUGUAGAAUAUGUUUAUGACCUCGCGUUACCAUUGGAGACUAUGUAGCUAUUAACAACUGCUGCUGGCCACUGUCAUGUGGGCGUGGCCUUUCGGUAAGGGGGGGGGGGGUUGGCAAAUAUCCAUGAGUUCCCCAUGUGUGGUCCGGAAUCGACCACUUUUAAUUAGUCUUAUUUACCAAGGAAUAUGUGUCUAACCAUACCACCUGCUGAAAUGUUGCCUUGCCGAUCAUCUUCUGCGUCUCUCGUAACAAAAGGAUACCCCCAUACUCAGAGGCACUUUAUCUUUUCUUUUCUUUUUUAAAGAUAACCCGCUUCCAAACCAAAACUUUGAUACAACAUGUUCCCUUGGCAACAAAUACUGAGUGCCAGCCAAAAACUGUGUAAUUCUUACAUUAUAAUUCCCGCGAUCAAAAUGCCAUAAGUUGACUUGUGUAAGUUUAGGACUGCACUCGAAGUAUCGAAAUGUUCACAGUGCCAGCAAGCCUUUCAUUGUGAACGUGCACGUAGUUCGAGUUCUAAAGUACACUGCGAUCUACCGUUCCGACCCUCUUGGUUUCUCAAAUUGGUUCAACAUGGCAGUAACGUGGGAACAUCGGUGUGUGUUGUGGGCCUUGGCGUCUGCUGGUUUCACUGCGUAUGUUAUCAAUGCGUAUUUCAUCAACGACGCCACUUGGUUAUGCCGUGUUGCAGCAGGUUUCUUAGCGAUUCUGGGCACCUUGUCCUCGGUCACAGCUUUUCACAUCUCAACCCUCCGGUGCUCCGAAAGUCACACCCUCAAGACACUGUUGCUGCAGUACAUCCUCUUCCAAGUUGCAACCCUUGCCACGCCAUUCAGUUUGUAUAAGCUUAAAAAGCUAUGGAAAGAGCCACGCAAGGCGCAGGAGAAGUUUCUCCUAAAGCUGAUCUCCCGCGACGCAGAUACAGAGUACGGCAGACGAUACUUGACAGGCAUCCAAUCACUGCAGGAUUUCCGAGACAAACAUCCACUCACCAAGUAUGAUCACUACCAGGAUUACUUCCAGAGACUGGCAGACGGGGAAAAGAACGUCUGUGUGGCAGCCAAAGUGGACAGGUUUGGAAUUUCCUCAGGCACCACGGGAAAGGGCAAGCUGAUACCAAUGGUAUUUAAUGACAGUGGGUUGGGACUCGUGGUCGUUUUACAGGCAGUGGGGUCGAGCCCCAUACAGAAAAUGGCUGGGUUGUACUGCAAACCGGCACAGAAGUUUACCAAGUCAGGACUGCCUAUUGCACCAGCGGUAUUCGUGCCUGACAAUAGUUCCCUUGCAAAAUUCAUGGUAAGCACGCUCCUGAAUUCACCAUUUAGUGCCUUCCAGAUUUCUACGGAUUUCGAAGCCACCUACGUCCACCUUCUCUUCGCACUGACCGACAAAAACGUCUGCACGUUCAGUGCUCCAUUCGCGUCACAGGUGUACAGGGCGUUCUCCAUGCUGGAAGAUGAGCAAGACAUGUUCUUGGAGGAUCUUUCUACAGGCAGGAUCAAUCCUAGACUGAACAUUGAUGCGGAGACACGACGUUCGCUGGAUGCUGCCUUGGAGGCCAACCCAGCCAGGGCUCAUGAGCUGAGAGCAGAGUUUGCUCGAGGUUUUGUUGGUAUCCUUGGGCGAAUCUGGCCGCAUCUGAAUUGCUUUGUGACCGCAGAUAUAUCUGGCUAUGUGCAGAAACUCAAAGCCAAAUACACCAAAGGCAGCCGUCUUUACUCAUUCGCUUACGGCUGCACCGAAGGUUUAGUUUGCUACAACUUGUGGAUGGACGGUAGACCGCCGCAAUAUGUGCUGAGCCCUAGUACAAACUUGACGGAGUUCAUUCCUGAAGAUCUCAGUGAGGAGGCAAAUCCAAAGACUUUAUUUCUGGAUGAGAUCGAGGUUGGAAAACGCUACGAGAUAGUCAUAACGACCGUAAGUGGGUUUUACCGCUACCGCAUGGGCGACGUGGUGGAGGUUGUAGGUUUCCAUGACAACUGCCCGGUGAUUCAAGUGAAAUACAGAACUGGUGAGCUGUUGAAUUUACGGAGCGAGAAGAUUGACAAGCUUGUAGUGAACAACGCCAUACAGGAGAGCUUGACCAGCUGGCAAGGGGCGACGCUGGUGGAAUGGACAUGUGCAGAGAGUCCAUUGAUGUACGGGGACGCGGAGCAUGUUGAUUUUGACAUGUUGUACCUACUGUUCAUCGAGUUGGAAUCAGUGGACGGCUUCCGUUUAUCAGAGGAGCAGAAGUCAUUGUUCGACCAGUCACUUCGCAAGCAGCACGAGUUCUACGACCACUACCGCCAAGUUGGCACCAUCUGCGAGGCUCGCGUGAUGAUCGUUCGCCCAGGAUCCUUCAAGAAAUUGCAAGACUUCAUAAUAGCGACCUCCACGGCCAGUUAUAACCUGUUCAAGAUGCCCAAAAAGCUGCGCACAAAGGCGACUCUUGAUCUCAUGAUGAAGUGUGUAGUAGAUGUUUAAUAUAUGCCAUAAAAACCUGUAGGCUUUAUUGAACAACCCUUACUGUGUGUCAGAUGUCACAUGCACAUUUUGCCAAUGUUUUUUUUUUUUUACAGUACAUAGAAAAGUGCUCAUUCGCAAACAAAAGUGUGAAUUAUUAUAGUGUGUCCUGGAUAUUUAAUAAUAUCUGUCAUAAAAACCUGUAGGCUUUAUGGAGGAA